GUCGCCUCGUUGCAAUGCCGACAGAGACACUGGCUUCAGACCUGCCAGAUAGCAAGGCUGCCGGCCCCGCGGCGGCCUUCGGUUCUGCUGUACCCCUCCGCAUCUUAAACAAGGGCCCCGACUACUUCAGGAGACAGACCCAGAGUGAGACUGGAGACAACAGCACUGAAAGACAUCAGAGUGUGGCCACAGGAGGCUGUCCCAGCCCUACAGGGCUGCUUUGAAUGCACACAAUGGCAUUUUCAAGGAUGCUGCUUCAACUGGGGACUAUAUGGACCUACAGAAGUACACAGAGGCGGCGAUGGGAUUCAUCACUAAAUUAAUUGAUGAUGUGACUGUGGGUUAAACUGUGAGAAUGCGUGCAACCAACAAGCCAUGGCUGACAGGAGAGGUCCAUUCACUGCUGAGGACCUGUGAUGCUGCCUUCAGAUAUGGUGACACUGCAAGAUAUAGCGUGGUCACAACAGGAGGGCACAAAGGAUCACACCAUCACCAGGUGAUGUCUGCCGACAGCUUCUGUCUUCUCUAGAAUAAACCAUCAAAAUACUGCUGGACCAGACAAAAUACCAGGCCGUGCUCUGAAAGACUGCGCAGGGCAACUGAAGGAUGUCUUCACAGACAUUUUUAACAUCUCCCUCAGCCAAGCUGUAGUGAACACCUGCUUAAGAGCACCACCAUAGUUCCUGUCCCCAAAAAACAAAACCCUGUAUGUAUGAAUGACUAUCGCCCUGUUGCCCUCACUCUAAUAGCCAUGGAAUGCUUCCGAGUGGCUUGGUAUGGAAUAUAUCAAAUCAAGCCUCCCUGCCAGCUUGGACCCCCUACAAUUUGCAUACAGGACAAACCGGUCUACAGAGGACGCUAUAUCCACCCUGCUCCACCUCACUCUGACUCAUCUGGAAGAUAAGAACACCUAUGCCAGGAUCUUGCUUAAAACGACUUCAGCUCGUCAUUCAAUACAAUCUUCCCACAGCAGCUGGUGAAUGUGGACACUGACACCUGCAAUUAGAUCCUGGACUUCCUCACACAGAGACUGCAGAUUGUCAGAAUUGGCGGCAAUACAUCAAACAGUGAAUUGCUUACUACUACUACUACAGUAGUAGGCCUCAUCAGCAACGAGGAUGAGUCCGCCUACAGGUGUGAGGUGGAGCAGCUGACAACCUGGUGCAAAUUUCACAACGUCACUCAACACAGAAAAAAACAAACUGAUAAUGAUUAUUGACUUCAGGAGGGCCAAAUCAAACCACCACCCUCUGCUGAUCACCUGUGGUUCUGUUGGUGAGAGAGUAAAAUGCACCAAGUUUCUGGGGUUUCAUCUGGCUGAUGACAUGACCUCCAGGGAUAACACCACAGCUGUCGUUAAGAAGGCCCAACAUCGCCCAACAGACUGAAUGGGGCGGACCUCCCCACUUGAGCCAUGACAGUCUUCUACCAUGGCAUCCUCACAUACUGCGUCACAUCCUGUUUUGGGAAAAGCAGAUGAGAGACAGAGACUGGUCAGAAUGGUGGAACCAAACCCAAAGCGCCUCAGUGCUGUUGAGAGACUAGAAGCUGACAAAGCCAAGUACGUCAAGAGCCAGGAAGUCAUCAACGCAAAGCAGGAGCCAAUCAAACCACCUGUGCUGGCCAAGCCUCCUGUCUGCCACCCCCUGCUCUCCAAGAGAGGCCCUUGUAGUGGAGGAGGAAAUGGAGGCGGGAUACCUUUCAAAGCAUCCAAUAACAAUGCAAAGUCAGACACAUGUGCAACAAGUAGUGGCAGCAGCAAAAGGGAGAAUUUAAACCUGGAGAUCCUAAAAAAUCUGCUAAAUUCGUCGUCCUCUUCAGGAGCUGGACCUGAAGGACUAGGAGCAGGAGCUAAGAGUGCUGUGCUGAUGAGGUCAUCAGGGGAAAUGGCCAGGAGCUGGACACCAUCAGGGAUGCCGUUAACAUACCGAUCUACAAUGACACUUAAUGAGCAACCACCAGACUCAGGUCCCAGUCCAAGCACUUCACAUUCCCUCCGCUCCUUCUCCCAUUCAUUGAAGGUCCCCCCGAUCAACGGUGGGGGACGUCACGGUCCACAGCAGGGAGGAAACCUCAACCUCAGCAGACGAGUCCUGGGUGAGAGAGGAGGUGAGGGAGUAGUUGUUGAUCACUCUCGCUCUCCACUCCCACCCUUGCUUACCUCCCACUCCUCCUCUGACCUCUUACGACUGUGCAAUGGCAAGCCACUCCGUACCGCUCGAUCCAGCAGCUCCUCAGCUCCACCCCUCCCUCCGAAACCUAACCCUGCUUCCCUCCCUCCUCCAGCACUUUCCUUGUCGCUGCCUCCCCCUCGACCAACUCCAUCCCCGUCACCCUUUGACAACACCACCCCUCAGUCGCUACCUUGUGAUUUUGGAGACCCUUCCAACACUUCAAUUGAUCCCAACCUGGAGCUAGAGCUUGGCUCGUCUGUGGCUCGGCGCUCCUCGCUACACAGAUCUAAAUCAGACCUGUCAGACCGGUACGCCCGGGCGGGAGCUGAUGUGGAACGUUUUUUUAACUACUGUGGCCUCGACCCCGAGGAGCUGGAGGGAGUUGGUCCAGAGAAUUUUGCACGAGCCAACUCAGACAUUGUCAGUCUGAACUUUCGAUCAGCUUCUAUGAUCUCCUCCGAAUGUGACCGGUCACGGCGAUCUUCUAACAAUGAGUUGUCAGACGGGGACGAGGGUGAGGACGAGGAGGAGGAAGAGGCCGGCGAGCGUGUUCCAUAUGGCAUCUCGGCAGUGGAACGAAAUGCAAGAGUCAUUAAGUGGCUGUACAGUAUCAAACAGGCAAGAGACACACAAAAAGUGUCACAUGUUUAGGACAAUCACCAUAGACAUGUUUCAGCAUGGAUCGAUGGACAAGGUUUACAGACUUUGAUCCAUGGGUUGACCUGAAAAUCUAUGAAAAUGAAUAGAUUGAUGAAUGAAUGUUGGAAGAAAAAGUCUGGUAGGUCUAACCACACAAGUAGAGAAAAUAGACAAAAUAUUGUUUAAAAAUCAUUGAAGAGAUGAGGAAAAGGACUUUAAUCUUCGUCGAGAAUAAGACUAAGAACAUGUAGAGCUGUUUCCCCAGUAAGAGAAAUGGUCGUCCAUUCAAGGUUUUUGAAGUGGGAAUAUGAAUAGGGGCGUCAUCUACCUAAAUACAUACAUACAUUUAGGAAGAAUUCAGACUCCUUCACUUUCAAUUGGACCUCUUUUCUAUUGUUUUGUCAGUUCAGUUUUUAAUGGCUAAAAUGUCCUCUUUUUUUCAAUGACGUGUCUGUUUUUUGGCCCCCUCAUUUCUGACCAGUCUCCUGGUCCCUGUCAGCCACAUGACCAACUGUUGUAAGUGUUCAGAUGGUUCCAAAUUUCUUCCUUCUUACAAUUAUUGAGGCCACUGUGCUCCAAGGAACACUCAAAGCUUUAGAAAGGGCUUUAUAUACUUGUCCUGAUCUAUUAUCAGUGAAAUGUAGACACUCCUGUACUUUGCAGAAAGCAAAGGGGUCUGAAUACUUUUUUAAGGACCUAUCCACUUCCCACUGUAAGCUGUCUUGUAGACAUAAUAACUCGGACUGGGAACCCACAUUAAAUGUGACAUUUUAGCAGUGUUUAAGUGCUGUGAAAAAUUCUGGCUGUUCUAUACACACAUACACCUAACCUUGAUCAGUCAUUACAGAAAUUGUUAAAAUGUAUAAAUAGCUGGAGAUUUGUUUUAUUUUUAUUUUUUACAGAUGUCUGUAGAGAGUAGAUUUCACUGUACUACAUUUGGUGCACCAGAAAAAGACUUUUGUGGUCCCGGGGUGAAACACAUUGCAUAUGUGAAAAAAAUUAUGAUGAAAUGUAUUAUGGGUACCGGAACCCGGUAUUAAACGGGCCCCGUCCGGUGCUAAAUUAUGAGAGACCAUAGUAUUGAUAAGCUCCGACAUUAUCAGUACUGCUAACAGUAUAAAAGAAAUUAAUGCAUUCGUCGAUGAUGAAUUUUCGCUAUUGCUAAUCCUGAGGAGAGAGGUGUGUGUCUGUUGGAGCCUGUCCUGUGCAGGGGGCGGGGCAAGCUCUGUCCAGAAAACGGUCCAAAGUCCGGUUAUACUUCAAAUCAAUGGAGACAAAGCAUGUUUCAACAAAUGUUUUGCUAGUAAAGGCGGUAACACGAGCAAUCUGUCAAAACACUUCAGGCAGAGAAAUGUACAGUUUUCCUCAGCCUAGCUCACAGUCCAUCUCCGUUUUCCUUCUACCUAAGUUCUGUUAAGCUAGCAGGAGCCCACACUGAGUUGAUUAACUUGUGCAAACAUAGGUUAAUGGCAUUAACCAUUCAUCGUAUAGAGUUACAUUUGUCAUGUAGAAUAUAUAUAUAUGUGUAUAUAUAUAUGUAUAUAUAUAUAUAAAUUAAUCAAUUCGAAAUUGAAAUGAAUGGUUAGAUUAAGUUUAUGAACACAAAUCCAUCCACAUAAUACAAUCUAUUCAAACAUUUUCAACUUUUUUGUUAUAGUUGCAGCUACAUUGAACCAUCCCACACAUCCCUCUAUUUCUGCUGGUCCAAGUCAAAGACAAGCCCGAAGCCCCUUCACAGUUGCAGCUAGUGGGAGGAUGAAUGAGGAGAGGGUAAACGAGCGCCACCUCGCUGUGACCCGGUAUAAUGAUGAAAGGCCUACAACCCUUUACAACAGUAGAGUCCAAGGACUUUAGGUAACAGUCUGUCUCUAUUGAGUUGUGUUACUUUUUUCCUUUGAUGGGCUUUAUGUUAGUCCCAUCACUCAACACAGAACAUCAUGUACUUUAUUUGUUCAAAGUAGUCCUGUUCAGUGUUCAAGGAUAUACUGUGUACAGUACGAGAGAAAUAAAACAUUUAUCCAUUCCAUUAUAUUCUCAUUUUAUAAAAUUUUUGAAGUCGCUUUUGUCCAAAGCUACUUAAAAUAAGUGCAUUCAACCAUUAAGAUAUUAUCGAAAAGUGCAACAAUCAAGAGAGUACAUUUAUCAAAUACGAAAAAAACAGCUUCAAGUGCCCUCCCUUUAAAUUUUUUUUUAUAAAAACGUAACCAACAAAAGUACCGUUAAAGUACCUCCCUGUAAACUAGAUAUAAUAAUUACUAAAUGAAGGCCUUGAGUGAUGAAUGAAUGUGUGGUGACUCAGUGGUUUGGACAGAUAGACAUGUACAGCAUUAAGGUCAUUGUGCUGAUAGGCCAUCAACCUAAUCAUGUUAACCAACAUAACAUCAUACUGGAGAGUUUUAUUGUCCUGUGAUGGGAUAUGGUUAUCCAGAGGCUGUUUUACACUAACCAUAUAUUUAUAAUUCAUUCACAUUUAACCAUAUGACCAGGUAAAAGGGUAUAAUGAUCAACGAUGAGCCUCUAACCAAACUUUUGUGUGGUUUGUCUGUGGGGAAAAACUUGAAUCACAGAAUUAUGCCAUAGUUGAUGUGUGAUUUUUAAAGAAACUAUAACAAUAGUUUCUUCACCUAUAAAGACAGAUGUUGCUGACACGUUUGGUCAGCAGGAAAUAGUUAACUUUUUAUCUGUGAGAUUGCCAAGCUGCUAAAUGAAAAUUAUGGCUGCUGAGUGGUCACAUUCUGCUGCUUUUAUUUAUGAAAGACAGUUUCCUAGAGGCAGAAUAAUCUCCCCAUAAUAUAGAUUUUUGAUCAAUAGAGAGCAGACUUAGACUUAGAUGCUCUUCAAAAAAGGACUUUUGUUGUCUACAUAAAUUAUGUAGAUGAUGGUAUCAUAUCAUUUCCAGACAAUGAUAAGUUUUCAAGUGGAGUUACAUCUUUGUCAUGGUCUAGUUGUGGUAAUCAAUAGUUGAGAACUCACAGAAAUGAAUUACUUUAGCCCUGAUCAUGUUAUCGUCUCACUAAUCCAUGUCCUACAAAGUCGGACAGUCUCGCUCAGUGAAGUUCAUUUGUGGGACCAUGUCACUAUGAUGGUGGUGCAGGAUGACAUCUGCCCAAACGGCCCAAUCCAUGGAUCACUGGUCAGUCCAUAUGGCUUUAUGGUUACUCCUCCUAGUUCAAUUGUAAUAAGUCAUUGAUAAGUAAUUUGGUGCAAACCAAAUUAGUCAAACUACACGUGUUUAAGUGGCCUUAACAGUCAAACAUUUACACAUAACAUAUGCCAUUACCUUACUUGUUAUUCAGUGAAGCACCACAUAAUCAUUGUGUGCAUGGAUUUUUACAAGCAUAACUGCCAGCAACAGAGAAAAUAAUUGUGUAGGACACCAAAAUUCUCCUUUCAAAACAAUGUCAGUAUAAGUCUGUGAUUAUGUAGACCACCAGGCACUAUACACAUACACUGAAAUUAAUAUUUAUAAAGCUGUCCUAACUGUACAGGUCAUAUUACAGAACAUAAUGGAAGAUUGUGAGAAGCAAGAAGGUUCUGGGUUUGCAGAUUAUCUCCAGGUACUCUGGCUUCCUCCCACAGUCCAAAAACAUGCAGAUUGGGGCUAGGUAAACUUGACUCUAAAUUGAUCGUAGUUGUGAAUGUUAGAGUGAAUGGUUGUUUGUCUCUGUAUGUUGGCCCUGUGAUGUCAGCUGGGAUCGGCUCUAGUCCCCCCGCGACCCUUAAUGGAUAAAGCUGAAUGGAUAAUGGAUUGCUUCCUACAAACACAUACACAGAAGGAAAUCCAGCAGAGCAGAGCUUCGGCAUUAUGCCAUCAUGAACAACUAGUUCAUGUCCAUGUCCUCAGCUCUGCUUUUCUCUCUAUCUGUAUCUGGAGUCCUCAAAGCCAGCCACAGGAAGAAACUUGCUUAAAAAAGCCCCUGUGUGUUCCCUGAUAAUGAAGGGGUUGUUACCAAGUUCAACUCCACCCUCACCUUUGUCAUGUUUGUUUGUCUACCCCUCGACCUCCCUUCACCUCACCUCAAACAACAGAAACAACUCUGCUGGGUUUACCUCACUUCUCUCCUCAAUAUGGGAACUCAGACAAAACACUACAAUGGUGAUAUUGGUGGUAUGGAGGCAUCAACAUGUGAUCUUUUAAUUUUUGAGAGGUAUAUGGUUUGGAAUACACAUGGUGACAACAUAGUGUGUAGGAGAAAGCAGGCUAAGAUGUGCCAAAUCUUAUUAAUAAUAAUAAUGAUAGUAAUAUUACUAAUAAUAAUAAUAAUACAUUUAGCACUUUUCAUUGCUAAAAGCAAUCUCAAAGUGCUAAUUUAGAUAUAGUGGUAAUGGGCAACAGCAUUGAAAUCCUAUUUGUUUAUUGAAAGUCAUAAUGCUGGGCCACAUUUGACCCACUGGUUAGUGGAUGACCAACUCUACCUCCUGAGCCACAGCCGCCCUAUAUAAAAGCGCAAUAUAAAUACAUUCCAUUUUCCAUUUAUGCACCUCUGGCCCGCUGUCGUUGCUUUAGCAACACCAAGAUCUGACCGAGCAACUGCUAAGCAACAUCAAGGAUUUUGUUAUGAAAACUGAAAAAUUUAAAUCAUUUUGAUAAUUUAAUUAUGGUUUCGAAAAAUUAUUAUUUUCAUUGACUUUUCGCAAAUAUUUAUAUAACAAAAAACCCAAGCUAGCAUUUGACAAAAUUAGCUCCAAGUUUAGCUGGUGCCCAGUGAAACAUGCAGGCAACAGCUCGAAAAUGGAAACGUUUCUCGUAAACAACCACAAAGUCGACAAAGCGACACCCCAUCAUCCCGGACUUGGUGCCAAUCGUACACACACACAUGUCCACAUUUUGCUUUCUCCGCGAGCCCGCCUCUGUCCCCCGGGGUGACCACGGCCCGGGAGGCCACAGCCUCUUAGACCGCUGAACAUCUCUGCAAAUGGGAGCGUGCAAUAUGGCACCCAUGUUUAAAAACAUAUUCUCAUCAAAUACUCCGGAAAUUAAAGAGUCAAAACUACCCUCCUGUGCAUGUUUUUAAUCCAUGCUCAGAAGCAUUGACAUAUCUUGAAUAGACAAGGAUAAUGACCUGCCACCAGAGUUGUAGGAAAUCAGCAUUAGUUUUUCUGUGGUACCUGAUUAGUUUUCCUUUUCGUCUAUGUGUUCAUGCUGUAAGAAAAUGUAUAUAAAUCAAUGUGUUGGAUUUCAGUUUUUCUCUGUCUUAAGGUUCAUGGUUAAAUAUUUUGGAAAAAGUCUGUUGUUUUGCUCUGCCUUCAGUGAAGACAUGUCUGACCAAACUGAUCGGCAUGAUUGUUUCGGAAACUCAGUGUUGACCGUGUUUUACAACAUGGAAACUGUUACAUUUUGCUGUGCUGAAAACAAAAAUCAACAAAAAAUAAAUAUUCAUGUUCA